UUUUCAGAAAAAUCAACUAAAAUGUACAUAUAACAAAAAUUGUAAAAUCAAAAAGUUAAACCAAAAAUAAACAGUUUAAAUGAAAUCCAGGACCUAUAAAUAUUACCUACACGUAAAAAUGCCUUCAUAUGCAUUAAAAACCUGUUCGAGUGUCAAAAAUCGCUUCCUGCAAAUCAAGCGGCAUUGCAGCCAUGAAUGCAAUGAUGCAAGUAGUAGUGACUCGUCUAGUAGUUCAGGGUCUGGAUGCCCAGAGGGACAUUCAAUGUAUGAUGCGAGAAAGUACAGUCACCAGCUGCCUGGCCAGGACGUGAGACCUCCCUUCGAUAUUCCUACAAUGCCGAGUGGCGUGUUCCGAUGCACUGACGGCGAGAUAAUCGGGCCACAAGCUGGUAAGUGCGCAUACUACCGCAAUCCAGAAUACUACUGUUUCCAUCAUAUGUCAUUUUUCGACUUGCAUAUGGUUUUGGGACCAAGCAGGAAACCUCAACUUAAUACUGGUAGAAAACCAACAAUCAUUUAAUACCUCUUGAAAAUGUAAAAUCUACAAACAUUAAGGAAAAACGUUUUCGUAAAUAGCCUAAAGUUUCCAUUUUCAUAGACUGCAUAAAAUAUUUAUAUCACAUUGGUGAAAAUGAAAUCGUGAAAUGUAGUCAAAAUAUGAUCUAGUUCUAAGCAUUAUUAUCUACAACAAACAACUCUAA